AAAAUUUAGCAGUCUGAAGUUUUAUUCACAAGGGCAAUUGCAUUUUUACAGUAACCGAACUGAUAACUUAUGAUAAUUGUAUCACGUUAUAUAACACGUGCACCCUGGUAAUGCAUGAAUAUAGGUCGAUCUUUAUUUAAGCGCUGAAAGACGUUUAAACGAAAGAACAUUUUUGAUACGGAUACAGGUAUAGCGAUCUCUACGGCGGACAACAUGGCUCAGGUUUUCCAGGCUCCAAUGGACUACCCGCCGUUGACUGGAUCUGAACACUGGAAGCGGAAAUUACGUACAUAUUUCAGGUGUUUUGAUGUCAACAGUGAUGGCUACAUCACAAAAGAAGAUUACGUGAUAAGUGCGAAACGUUGUGCAGAGUAUUUGGACCUUGACGAUGAGAGAGCAGAGCAGAUUCUAAAUCAGCGCUUGAGGCAAUGGGAAUAUAUUACGAAAAAUGCUUCUAAGGUAUCGGAGGAAGAAUACGUGGAAUUGGUUCAAGGGUUGUGUAACCAAAAACACUUCCGGGAGGAGCUUUUCUCGACUGCGGUGUCCAGGGCUUUUGCUGUCGUUGACUUAAAUAGCGAUGGUCUCAUUUCCAGAGAGGAGUACAAAGCUUUUUUCUAUAGCUUAUGCCUCUCCGCCGAGGAUUCGCAUAAAACAUUCAACCUGAUCGACAACAACAACGAUGGCUUUAUCACCAAAGACGAAUUGGGGCAUGCAAUGGCUGAGUUCUUUUUUACCGAGGACCCAAAUAACAUUUACAACGAAGUAUACGGUUCACUGGCUGAUUAAGUUAUUACAACCGCCAAGGAGCCUAAUUUGCCUGUCGAUUAUAAACAUUACGCAAAAUGUAGGGACGAGUUUGAUGAAAUUUUUAACAUAGUUCAGAUAUUUGCCAAGGAACAAAUACUAAGAUUUUGGUGGGGAACCAGAGUGCUAUUUAUACCUAUUUUAUCAGUGAAAUGCGGCUUGCACAAACGCCGUUUGCUUGCAUCGUCUCUAACUGCCCUGUCGUGCCUUUCUGGCUUCUCAUUCAUAUUUAAUUCAGGUAACCUGCGCAAUCUUUCCCAUAUUAUACUUACUUCCAACCACUACAAUAUAGUAAAAGUAGCAAUGGCACAAACGGCGUGCAUUCAUCAA